CCUGUGAAUGUAAUGACCCCUGGGAUGCUAACAUAUUACCACCCGAGUCUUCGAAAGCCCUUCGGCAGGAUUCAUUGGGCCGGCACAGAGACGCCUACCCAAUGGUGUGGAUACAUUAAUGGAGCCAUUCAGGCCGGUCAGCGGGCGGCUAUGGAGGUCCUGGCUCAGAUGUGUCCUUCUUCUCUGUCCCAGGAGGAACUGGAUGCAGUGCGAGCUUCCCUGAAACACAGUGACCCAAGAAAGGAUUCAAAGUGUACAUCGUCUAAGUGUUACUACCUCUUUGGCGUGGUAAUGACAGUGGCUGCUCUAGUGACCGCCUACCUGUUGGCCAAACCAGAACUGGGAUUUGAAUGGUUUUAAAAGGAUUAUUGGCAGCACUUAGCCAUUGUGCCUUAAAAUCCAAAAAUUAAAAUAACAGUAAUUUACAGAUUCAUAUCAACUUGACCCAUUUUACUUACGCAACACGUAUUUACUUACAACGCAUUUCUGAAUGAAACAGCAUUUUCAAAGGAAAAGUGGGAUUUGAUUGAAUAAUGAAAAAUUGCAUACCAGAAUAGAGUCAGAUGGUUGGUGGGAAGGUGAUGAGAAAUAA